AUGCCAGGUUCUGCGGGUAAAAUCAUGCCUGAUAAGCAGCAGCAGAAGCCCAGCAAAGCAAAUACGGCAGAGGGAAAGACGACGAUAUCAACUGCACCUAGACCGCGAACUGCAGAUGCACAGGAGAGCAAUGCAGAUACUACUACGAUGAACGGCGCUUCCGCGAAUCCCAACCGCACACGUCGACGACCAAGGAAACUGAACAAGGAGCCACCCUCAUCGUUGAAGCUCGAUCAAACUCGUCCUCCAUCUCAAUCUCAAUCUCAACCUCAACCUCCAGCCGCAUCCACACCCACUGCACUCCCACCCAGCACCAAAGCUAGCAACCCACACACGCCUACCACAUCCGCGACCGGCGAACUCGAAGCGCUCGAAUCCCGCGUCCGCGGUCUCGAAGCCAAAGUCGAGGAGCUCUAUAAAGCAGGUCGUGCAGCGCGAGGAGUGCGCUCGCCACGUCGACGCGGCAAGGGAAGUCGGCGGAAUUACUCGAAAGUUCAGGUGGGAGAUGUAGAUACAGGUACGUCAGCUGCGGCGGAGCAAAGCGGUAAGGUGGUAGGAGGCUUCGAAAAGGAUGCUGAGCAUGGUCGUGAUGAUGGUACUGUCCAUGCUGAUAUGGAGAGAGAAGCAGAGGAGGAAGAGGAGGAGGCGAAAAAUGAGGAGUUGGUCCGCCUCGAAGGGGAACUCGCCGUCGCAAGGCGGGAUCUGGAGUCCUAUCAACGGCCACGACAGUCACGGCGACGGCGCAGCACACGCCUUGACGAACCUCCAGAGGGGCAAGGAGAAGAAGAAGACUUGGUUGAAGAGAUUCCACGCGUCUCCUCGCCGGGCAUUCAACGACGCAGUCAGGGAGGCAGACAAGUCACCCUCAUAGGCAGCUAUCGCAUCCCCCUCCCCGCGACCGUGAGCAUGGACGACGUGCGGAGCAUCCAAAGUGGUGUAUCCGCCGCGCAAAACGUAGCGAGGAGCUUCCUGGAGCAGAGGAGGGCGGCGGCGAGGACGACUGGGCAGACGAGAUCGAGACCGCAGCAGCAUCGGCAGCAGCAGCAGUGUUCCUCGGCCGUCCCGCAGCACACCACCGAAGCCGAUGGGAAACAGUCCUGGGCAGAAUGGUUUGGCGGGUACACCAUGGCCAUCUCGCGCGCGGUGCGGAAUAUCGAGGCAGAGGCGGCGAUUGAGAGCAGUCAGUCUCGCAUCCAGAGUGAUGGUGAUGCAGAAGGACUGUCGCGUAAGGGGGCGAAGGUGUCGCCUAAGAAGAGGACUCCAGCUGCGGAUUCGAUGGCAAAGUUGUCGACGACAAAGUCGGGGGCGAGGAGUCGGCAGCAGCGACAAAGCCCGUCAUCGAAGGACCCGGAUAUUGGUGGGUUGAAUAGGGAGGCGGUUCAGGGGCUGGUGAGCUAG